CCCACACAGCAGCAUCAGAGAAACACACACACACACACUCUUUUCUCAGUGUGUGUGUGUGUGUGUGUGUGUGUGUGUGUGUGUGUGUGUGUGUUCAGUUGCAGAUAAAGGAAGUAUGUAGUUGGGCCGGAGGGGCCCCUUCUCAGUUGCAGAAGUGAAACAGGCUGUGUCACACUGUCUUGAGCACUUCAGACUGACAACCAAAAGAAGCAAAAGGAGAGACAUUGAAGAAGAGGAGAGUCGUCUCUACCAUGCUGGCCGAAGGUUUUCUCAGAGUGCAGCAUUACAGGGAGGAGAAGAAACUUGCCUCUGCUUCUAGACGACACAAAACGCAGACGCAUGGUACGGAUCAGGUCAGCUGUACUCUCUCCAGCUCCGACUCUACAGAUUCACUGUCAUAUUCAACCGAAGCAGAUCCAAAUCAGGAAGAGUUAGACUCCACCCAACCCCAGCGACUGAGAGUUGGGCCUCCAGGCCCCAUAGGCCUUUCAAUCCCUGGAUGUCCACCUGCCCUCACCCUGGACCAGGACUUCACAGUUUGCAUAGACGACUGUAGCCUGUUGGAACUGUAUCCAGACCUACAGGUGGCAGACUCAGGCCGCAUCUCGCACAACCCGCUGAGAGCCGCCAUCGCCCAGCAUGGUUUGUACACACCUGUCUUUGAAGUUCAACAUCACGCAGAGAGGGCAGCCCAGCAGGAGCUGCAGAGGGAGCCUGUUUCAUCCAUACCAGACCAGGGAUAUCUGGUCAUGGGGUCCAGUGUGAAUGUGAGCCUGGGCCUGCCUGGAUCUGGCUUGGAGCCCAUGUCGAACUCGGUUCUGAACGGGCUGCUGGAGAAACAGCUGGAGGAGGUGUACAUGCAGCACCUGACCGACAACUUGGUUCGAUGCAACCCGUACCUGGAGAACAGCCUCCUGCGCGGCCUAGUGCUGCCACAGGGGCCCGACUCACUGGAGGUCAGUCUGGAGGAAGGACCAGGAGGAGGAGCGGAAAAGAAAAUCAGUUAUCUGAGCACCCACAACGUAGUUCCCUACUCGUCUAACUUCAGCUCCCCUGUGCUGAGGAUUUCAGAGAAUGAUAAUACUCAUCUGAAAUGAAACAUGAAGGAACACAUCAGGCAAAAUGAAAUGUAGCUGACUCUAUUGAUUCUACUGACUCUUUCUUUUGACACAGAUCAGUAAAAAAUAUUUUUUUUAAUUUUCUAUUUCUGUAUCUACAUCAUCUUUGUUUACUUGCUUGAUAAAAAAUGAUGCCUCAAUUUGACCUGCUUUCAUGUGCCACCUGCUGUUGAAUUGUUGUACUACACCACAGUAACUUUACCUGUAGUUCAUGAGAAGUUAUUUUCCUGACAUUUACAGUGGGUGUGUGUAAGGUAGGUAAUAUAACAGAGCAAAGUGUAAAGUGUUAUACUGCACCCUGGAGAGUCCUCGUGUACGCAUAGUCAUGUAUAUGUCUGUAAACAACCCCUCUGCUGUAAACCAACUCAAUGAGAGAAACAUUAAAUCAUCAGUGAUCUUAA